UCGUAAUAAGAGGAGAAACAGAAAAAGAAGUGCUAAGCAGAAUAGGGACAUCUUUAUAAGGUACAACAGGAUAGUAAUAACUUCCUGUGGCAGAACCUGAGUGAAAAGAAGCGCUUCCGGCAGCUUCUGACCAAAUCAACAAACUAGCCUUCCGGGCCUGACAGGACUAUCGCCUCUAGCUUCUCGGAGUCGUAAAUCCGUCGCAACAGUGAAUAGUGGCACCUCCUUGCCUCGGCGCAGGUCCAGACCUCUCCGUCUCCUGGCUGCCCCGGGCAUCAGGCAACCCAAGGAUGCUGUGGUUGUCUCCUGCUGACCGUGACUGAGGAGCCCCGCGGAGGGCCUCGGGCAUUCCUUGUGCUUGGUGCCUGCCCUUCGUCUCUCUUUUCGCGCUUUCGGUGAAGCCUGCGAGCAAGAGCCCUGCUCGCUGACCUGCUAACCUCAAGUUCGCCAGCUCCUGCAGCUAUGUGAAUUGGGAGAAGCCUGUAUCUUGAACCACGGACUUGAGACAUUCCAGCCUGUACAACUGUGACAAGGAUUUUGCAUUAUUGAUCUUUGCCUCCCCACAUAAUGCCUGGCAUUCGAUAAAAGUGUGUUGGACUUGAGGAGACAUAUGGGAAUCUGAAAAGGGAGAACAUCUUUGGUCCCACAGUUUUGCUGACACUGACAUUUUUCUAGGUGAUCUUGAAGGGCCUACUUCCUACGUAAAUAGUUGGCUAGACUUGAUAUUUUUCACUACAGAAGCCUAAAACCUUUGGUUGCCGGAGAUUUAAAAACACCACUCUUAGGAUAUCAUCUACAUUUAACCUGAGAGCUCUUCCCUUCUUAGUCCAGAAUGUUGAGAUAUUGGGGAGAGAUACCAAUCUCAUCAAACCAAACCAAUAGAAGUUCCUUUGAUUUGCUCCCACGGGAGUUCCGUCUGGUGGAAGUCCAUGACCCACCCUUACACCAGCCUUCAGCCAACAAGCCCAGGCCCCCCACUAUGCUGGACAUCCCCUCAGAGCCUUGCAGCCUCACCAUCCAUACCAUUCAGCUGAUCCAGCACAACCGACAUCUGCGCAACCUCAUUGCCACCGCUCAGGCCCAGAAUCAGCAGCAGACAGAAGGUGUAAAGACUGAAGAGAGUGAACCCCUUCCCUCCUGCCCUGGAUCACCUCCUCUCCCUGAUGACCUCCUGCCUUUAGAUUGCAAGAAUCCCAAUGCACCAUUCCAGAUCCGGCACAGUGACCCAGAUAGUGACUUUUAUCGUGGGAAAGGGGAGCCUGUGACUGAACUCAGCUGGCACUCUUGUCGACAGCUCCUCUACCAGGCAGUGGCCACAAUCCUGGCCCACGCAGGCUUUGAGAGUGCUAAUGAAAGUGUCCUGGAGACCCUAACUGAUGUGGCACAUGAGUAUUGCCUUAAGUUUACCAAGUUGCUGCGCUUUGCUGCGGAUCGAGAGGCCCGGCUGGGGCAGACUCCUUUCCCUGACAUUAUGGAGCAGGUAUUCCAUGAAGUGGGCAUUGGCAGUGUGCUUUCCCUCCAGAAGUUCUGGCAGCACCGCAUCAAGGACUAUCACAGUUACAUGCUACAGAUUAGUAAGCAACUUUCUGAAGAGUAUGAAAGGAUUGUCAAUCCUGAGAAGGCCACAGAGGACACGAAACCUGUAAAGAUCAAGGAGGAACCUGUGAGCGACAUCACCUUCCCCGUCAGUGAGGAGCUGGAGGCAGACCUUGCUUCUGGAGAUCAGUCACUGCCCAUGGGGGUCCUUGGGGCUCAGAGUGAGCGUUUCCCGUCUAACCUGGAGGUUGAAGCUUCACCACAGGCUUCAAGUGCGGAGGUAAAUGCAUCCCCCCUUUGGAACCUGGCCCAUGUGAAAAUGGAGCCUCAAGAGAGUGAGGAAGGCAAUGUCUCUGGACAUGGUGUGCUGGGCAGUGAUGUCUUCGAGGAGCCUAUGUCAGGCAUGAGUGAAGCCGGGAUCCCCCAGAGCCCUGAUGACUCAGAUAGCAGCUAUGGUUCUCACUCCACUGAUAGCCUCAUGGGGUCCUCCCCUGUCUUCAACCAGCACUGUAAGAAGAAGAUGAGGAAAAUAUAGAAGAAAAGGAGGGAGAUUUUCUGUAUAAACCUCAUUAAGACCCAACAGGAAACCGUGAUGUAUUAAAAUUUGUCUCCAUAAACAGUGAUUUGACUCUUAAACACAGUGGAAUUUCCUGAUUUCAGUGGUACUGAAUUUAACCAAAUAAGGUUGCAUUUUACUUCUGUGUUAUUUUCGUAGUUUUCCACAGCAAUGAAGCCACCUUUCACAGAACGCAACACUGAGUCGGUACUCAGGAAACCAAAGCACUGCCUUGACUUGUCUUUACUGAUGGACAAGUCACUUUGGUUCUCUAGAGCUAUUUCUCUUGUACAUUUGAGAAGAAUCAAAUCUGUUUUGACCUACCUUGCAGGAAUGUUGUGAGGAUUGAGAUGUUUGCUAAACCUCGAAGCUGUGGUUGAAUUGAAUCACAAGAUAUAUUAUCAGAU